GCAGCUUCUGGUCGAGUCGCUCGGUGGUUCAUCCAAGCAACCAUUCGCGAUUCAACACCAUUCAAGAAAGAAUCGACCCAUCAUCCCCAGGAACACCAAUCGACAGAUUCGUCAAUGGUCGAUGCGUUUCUGAGCGCCAAGCAUCGAGGGUCUGCUUCUUCUUCUUCUUCCCUCGAGGCGAAAGAACAUGGCGGUCUCGUCAUCUCCCAUCUGCUCCCCGCUUCACGCCACCAACACCAGCGGCUUCAACCUGGGCUCGUCGUCGCCUAAGCUUCUCUGGGUCGGCCCCACUUGCAGACCCGCGAUCACGCGAACCGGGUUGGUCGUUUUCGCUCGCAAAUCGGGCGGUGGGUUGGCGAGUGAGGACAAGAGAGAGUUGCUCGAACGUUAUGGUCUCAACCCUGAUGAAUUCUUGUCCGAUGCUUCUCCUAACAAGGCAAGGAGGAGAAAAGAUAUGCAAGACACAGGACGAGGCAAAAGAACUGAGCAGGAGGAUUCUGCACCCCCGCGGACCACUCAUAAGCUGCUUCAGGUGCUUGGAGGGACGGGUCGAAGAAAGAAAUUGCUCUCACCAAAGGGAAUGGAUGUGCGCCCUAUGAUGGAAGUUGUCAAAGCUGCAGCUUUUUCUAUAUUACAGGCGGCCGGUGGCAGUCCUGUAUCUUUAAGGCCUGGUCGUUGGUUGGAUUUGUACAGUGGUACAGGAUCGGUUGGAAUUGAGGCCAUCAGCCGAGGCUGCUCUCAGGUUCACUUUGUUGAGAUGGAUCCGUGGGUUGUGUCAGAUGUCUUACGACCAAAUUUAGAAUGUACUGGGUUUCUUGAUGCCUCGGUUAUUCACAUGGUCCGUGUGGAAGAUUUUUUAGAACGAGCAGAGCAAUUCGUUGGUAAAGAUGGUUCAUUUGACUACAUAAGCGUUACACCCCCUUAUAUGCAAGUUGACUAUGGAGUAUUGAUGGACCAAAUCUCUAAAUCACCAUUAGUGGGAGAAGAUUCUUUUGUUGUGGUGGAAUAUCCUUUAAGAACAAACAUGCUGGAUUCUUGUGGAUGCCUCGUAAAGAUAACUGAUCGACGCUUUGGCCGGACCCAUUUGGCAAUUUAUGGGCCUAAGUGGUCCCAAAAAAAGAGGAAGUGA